AUGUCUGAUUCAAUUGGCAACGAUACGGUCAAUACAAACCAGACCGCCACAGACAUUGCCAUUUCCAACUCUCCACCUCCAACAAAUGAUAAUAACAUAACCAACCACGACAAUCUUGAUACGCCUGUUAAAAAAACAAACAAAGAAUACGAACUUUUAAAAAAUAAGAUUAAAAGCAACUUGAAAGAAAAACAAAGACUAGAAAUAGAAUUGGAAAAGUUAAAUCAACUAAUUUUUGAUAAAGAAACUCAAUAUUUUAAACCAACCUCUAUAUUAAAUCAAUAUGGAAAUAUAAUAAAAGGAUUUGAUAAUUUCAGUAAGCAUCAUCAUAGUAGUGGAAGCGGAGUUGGUUCUGCUUCUUCUUCAAAUGCCGCUAAUGGAAACCACAACAACAAUGUAAUAGAUGAUAAUGAUAGAAUAUUUUCAUUAAGUAAUGGAAUAUAUCAAAAUAGCAGUCCUGGUGAUGCUGAUGCCACCAAUAGGUAA